AUGAGAAUAUGCUUUACGUCGGAUGAAUUCUACGCCAAAGUCACGAAGAUUCUCAGGUCAGAAAAGGAGGCAUAUAGCCAGAAUAUGCUACACCUGCAACGCGUUGCUCAUGUGGCUGCUCGUCGUAAAUACCACGCUGUCGAUCUUAUCGAGGAGCUGAUGUACGACAAUGAGCUACGGUUCAAAGAUGGGAAGGAAUUGCGGUCGAUGCACUUGCAGACGGCUGAUAUGCGUAUGUCUGUCAUUAAAGCCAAAAACUGGGAUCUCUACACCGUCGGCGGCCUGGUUCUAUCUGCGGUACUGGGAUCGAUGUGGCUGGCUGGUCGCUUGCGUGGGGGUAUCGAGGCCCUGUGA